GCUGUUAGAAGUGAUUGGUCCGGCGAGGGAGUAGGAGGGUCCCCGGGGUCGCCAUAUUUGCUGGCCGUGCGAUCGUUCUGUCGUCGCCGUGAGAGCUGAGCUGUCGUCCGCCCAGCUGAGACGUGUUAACGCGCGCGCGAGACAGGGCUCUCCUCGGCUCUAUCUAGUCGCGAUAUUGGAGGACGGGACCGCCGCGGGGCCAAUUACGAAAUCGAUAGACAGUCGGAGGGAACCGGAUCGGAACCGGCAGGCACGUCGCGUAUAUAUUUUUCUUUCUCGGUUUCGGUCUCGUUCACGCCAGUUCCCGCGGUCGGGUGUGCGCGCGUGUGUGUGCGUGCGUGACACGUUGUUCGACGGUGUCCGUCGAACCCGGAGGAACAGUCUCUAGGAGUGAUAAUAAGCACGGUCGUUGGACCGUAAGGUGCCGUGAGCUUGGAAAAAGUCGCGUGUGUGUGACAGCAGCGACGACAGUAUGGCGGGACAGACGAUAAACGACAGGUUGCUGGCAGCCAGACACAGCAUCGCCGGGCAGGGCCUCGCGAAAUCUGUCUGCAAAGCCACCACCGAGGAGCUCAUAGGCCCCAAGAAAAAGCAUCUCGACUAUUUAAUCCACUGCACGAACGAGCCGAACGUGUCGAUACCGCAGCUAGCGAACCUGCUGAUAGAACGGUCGCAGAGCACGAAUUGGACGGUGGUUUUCAAAGCUCUGAUCACGGUGCACCACAUGCUCUGUUACGGGAACGAGAGGUUUACACAGUAUCUGGCGUCCAGCAACAGCACGUUUCAGCUGAAUAGUUUUUUUGAUAAAGGCGGCGUGCUAGUGGCCACAACAGCAGCUCGCAUCGGUUAUGACAUGUCACCGUUCAUCAGGCGAUACGCAAAGUAUCUCAACGAGAAGGCGCUUUCCUACAGGACUGUGGCGUUCGACUUUUGCAAAGUCAAGAGAGGAAAGGAGGACGGCACUCUGCGCACAAUGAACGCCGAGAAAUUGUUGAAAACUCUGCCAGUGUUGCAGUCACAGCUGGACGUGCUGCUCGAGUUCGAUUGCACUUCCAACGAUCUCACAAACGGCGUCAUAAACAUGGCGUUCAUGCUUCUCUUUCGGGAUUUGAUCCGUCUGUUCGCCUGCUACAACGACGGCAUUAUCAAUUUGUUAGAAAAGUACUUCGAUAUGAACAAGAAACAGUGCAGGGAGGCCCUGGACUUGUACAAAAAGUUUCUCAUACGAAUGGAUCGGGUUGGGGAAUUCCUCAAGGUUGCCGAGAACGUUGGCAUCGAUAAGGGAGACAUACCUGAUCUGACAAAGGCCCCCAGUAGUUUAUUGGACGCGUUAGAGCAGCAUCUUGCCUCGUUGGAAGGAAAGAAGGGCUCCGCAGCGAAUACUCCCACGCAAUCCGCAAGCAAUAGAACGAAUGUAAAGUCGGGAGUGUCCGCCCUGUCUUCCACCAGUACUGCGUUUGGAACAGCAGCCAGUAAUAACCGCCUCGACCAUCCCGAAAACGGACACAUCGACGAAGUGAUGCGGCAACGGGCCCUCGCGGAAGAGGAGGCCGCCAUGAACCAGUACAAGGCAAAAGUGCAAUCUCCGUCGACAGGGCCGAGCACAAAUCCAUUCCUCAGUUCUCCAACGAACAAUGCGGAUCAGCCGAUCGUGGAUUUGUUCGGAGCGCCAUCAGCGACAGCUGACAACCAGUCGCAGAGAGCGUCCGAUGACCUGCUUCAGCUGGCGGGCAAUCCCUUCGCGGAUAUGUUUGGCGGCUCGCAGCCUGCACCUGCUCAAACCGCACAAGCGCAGAACAACAUGUGGAUGACUAACGGUAACGGUUUCGCAGCAGCGCCCCCAGCAAAUAAUAAUUUUGUUACAGAUAACAGUUUCUCGUCCGUAUUCGGUAACCAAGACUCCCAACCUGCUGGUGCUCCAGGAACGGCCGGAUCCGUACCGAACCCCUUUAUGUCCGACUUCCCCUCCCUCGGUUCCCAGCCACCGCAGUCAAACGCAGCCGCUUUCGGUCUCUUCGAGCAGGGUGCCGCGGCCGGUGGAGCCGCCGCUGACGGCCAACAGCAAUCGCAGACCGGAGACCUGUUCAGUGCCGGCGGCCAGGCAGAUCUCUUUGGGAGCGACUCAGCAGUGCUCAGCACCGCGGAGGGAGCCGCUGGGGACGUCGCCGGGGAGACGGCGUCCUCUGCGGCCCUUGCCUCCGGUAAGUCCACUGCCACGCCGCCUCCCAGACCCCCGCCUCCCGCGACAGCGACGAACGGUACACCGAGACCGUCGUCUCCGACUGUUCACGGAGCGGCGACUGGGAAACCGGGUACAGGGACACCCGGGGGAUCGGCCGCCGCUCCCAGCAAGAGCGCGUUCGACGAUCUGAACGAUAGCAUUCGCAUGGCACUGGGCGGGUCUCCGUCACGACCGGCACCCGUCGCUCAACAACAACCAGCCGCGCAACAAGCACAGCAACCUCCGCAACAGGGUUUCGGCAUGUUCGAUAUGGCCGCCAAUAUGCCAGCCACCGGGCAGCCUGUAAUGCCUGGUGGACCGAUGGCCGGCUACGGUAUCCCGACCCAAGUCCCGGCGGGGUACGGUUCCCCGGCGAAGCAGCCCAUUUCAGGUUUUGACAGCAUGGGCUCGGUGCUGAUGCCUACCACUGUACCUGGAGAUAAUAAUAUUUCAGCAGCAGGACAGCAGCCAAACACAACGGCCAGUGGCAAGGUUCUCACCGGGGAUCUGGACAGCAGUCUCGCUAGCCUCGCCCAGAAUCUGACCAUUAACAAGAGCGCGCAGCAACAAGUGAAGGGAAUGCAGUGGAAUUCGCCAAAAAAUGCAGCGAAAGCGGGUGGUCCAGCUGGAUGGACACCCCAGCCGAUGGCUGCCACCACGGGCGCUGGUUACCGUCCAAUGGGUCAAGGAAUGACGCAGCUUCCUCCAACUACCCUGGGCUUCCCUCCCCACUCCGCACCAUUGGGAAUGCAAGGCAUGCCGAUGGGCAUGCAGGGCAUGAGGCCAAUGAUGAGCACAAUGCCUGGAGGUCCCGGUGGCAUGAUGGUUGCAGGAGGAGCUGCGCCAAUGAUGAUGGCCAACGCGAAUCCCAUGAUGGGUGCUAAUAUUCAGCAGCAACAACCCCAGCAACAACCUCAGCAGCAACACCCCCAGGCUGCUGCACAGCCACAAAAUAAUGCAGUUCAACUAGAUCCGUUUGGUGCUCUGUGAAGAGAUUAGGAGUUCGUAUUGGAACCGAGCGGACGAACCUCCAACUCUGUAAAUACCGUGUAAUAUGCCUAGAAAAUGUGACCUGCUUGCUCUCGUUAUUCUACGUAAUCCGCAAGGACCCGUACCCGCGAAGCUACUGGAUCGUUCUUCAGGAACUGGAUCGUUACAUUUCUACUGGUGAACGAGCAUAAUAUCGCGCAUACCCUCGCUUAUGUGGGUUUAAGGCCGGUUGCCUUAAGGAGAUAGGCGUAGUCACAGAAUAACACUAUUCUGCGAAGCGACUGUGGCAAGAUUCAGGGAGAGAGAGAGAGAGAGAGAGGAGGAGGAGGAGGAGGAGGAGGAGGAGGAGAGUGCUUAGAGAAUGAGUUAACAGAAACGUAUUGCGUUUAGAAUUCCAUGCGCGUGGAUGCGUCUAUUCCGUAAGAGUUGACUGUGAUAGUACUGCAUCGACAUUGUAGCGUUUUCCAGUAAUUCCCAGGGUGGGGGAGGCACCGAUUGCAACAGGAAAAUAUGCGCGUAUGAUAGAGAAGAAGAACGAAUGACAGAGAAUACGUGUGCGAGAGAGAGAAUGAUUUUUUUUCGUAGCUGAUGUAGGAGGUUUAAUUAGUAGUUCCACAAGCUUUAUACAUACUGGAAGGUGUCGAGUAAAGGAAGCAUCUCUGCACGAGGAGAGCGCGUUGAUUGGUUCGUCAUGAUUCUAAACGUACAUACGUCGCGGGAAUUAUAUAUAUAAAUAGUUGGCUGAUGCAUGUAUCCAUAUUAUUGUAAAAUUUACGUGCACCGUGUACACGCGUGGCUGUAUACGUGUAUAAUGUAUCGAAAUCGCGCGAGAAGAUACAACGUUGAAGAUAUAAAUAUCUAAAAAGUAUAUACAUAUAUAUAUAUAUAUGUAUACAUAUAUGUAUAUAUAUAUAUAUAUAAAUAUAUAUAUAUAUAAAUAAAUGUAUAUGUACAUGACGUAAACCUAAACUGGCGCGUCCGUGUCGCUCUCCACGUUUCAUUUCCGUACUCUUUAAGGUGUAUUUUUGAUUUCGACUCAGGGCGCUGAAGCAGUUACGUAUCCUUUGUUAAAGUAUUAAAUACUGUACGAUUUAGGCGAUAUCAUCGACACGCGCAUACACAUACACUAGACACAUUCACACACGAUUACGCACGAGACAGUAUAUACGUAUUGUCUUGUGUUUACACAUACAUCUAUAAAUAUAUACAUAUGUAUGUGUAUAUAUAUAUAUAAAUAUAUACAUAUGUAUG